ACACACAAAAAUCCACAAGGACAACAGCGCACCAAUUCCAAAUAUCUUCAACUUCUUUCUUCUUCUUUCGAUUUAUCUCUCUCUCUCUCUCUCUCUUGUUUCCAUGUCUUCCUCUCUCACUCUCCUCUCUCUAAACCCUCCUUUUCACCACAAACACAAACCCCACUCCACUCUCCUCCUAUUCCCAAUCCCCAAACUACCCUCACUCUCCCUCUUCAAGUCCCACAUUUGCCACUCCUCCAGUGAAGAAAUCCGAUGGCUUCGCGAGGAACAGCGGUGGCUACGCGAAGAGCAACGCUGGCUCCGUGAGGAACAACGCUGGGCUCGCGAGCGGGACUCACUCCUCCGCGAAAUCUCUGACCUCAAGCUCAAAAUACAAGCCCUAGAAGGAGCGUCAUCGGUGUUAGAAGCCCUAGGAUUAAUGUUGCAGGGUUUGAAGGAGAAAGGCCUCAUUGCAGAGACCGGGUUGGAGGAGAAGAAGAAGAAGAAGAAGAAGGAGGUGAUUAGGGUUUCGGAGAAGCAGACUCUGCGGAAAGGAUCGGAAGGCGCCGAGGUUCAAGCGAUGCAGGAGGCAUUGCAAAAAAUGGGAUUUUACUCAGGAGAGGAAGACAUGGAAUAUUCAAGUUUCUCAAGUGGGACCGAGCGUGCUGUAAAGACUUGGCAAGCCUCACUAGGUGCCCCUGAAGAUGGGAUAAUGACUGCAGAGCUGCUUGAAAGAUUAUAUGUGGAGCAACAAAUUAUUGGUGCUGGUUCAAAUGUAGAUGCAGAUCAGAAGGGGAGCACCUUGACUGUUUCGCCAAAGGAAGGUGCAAAUGGAGCUCCAGUUGCUUCUAUAACGGAUAUUUCAGAAGUUAAGCAGACAGUUGUGAAUGAAGAAAGUGUUACAGAAGUGGAGGUAUCCCAACAUCGAGUUUUUCUCCUAGGAGAGAACCGAUGGGAAGAACCCUCCAGACUUGUAGGCAGGAACAAACCAGUUAGUAAUAGCAAGACGAAAGAUACCACAACAAAGUGCCUUACAUGUCGUGGAGAGGGCCGCUUAAUGUGCACAGUUGUUAUGAAGAGUACUAGCCCAUGAGAUAUUGGGAUUUCAAAAGUGGCAAGAGUCGUGAGAAACCUUAUGUCAAGGAGAAUUCAUGAAACUUGGGUUGGUAAUUUCCUCCAUGAUAUUUGAUUUCAUUAGGUACAAUUACUUUGUUUAUUUGUAGUUUUGAUGAGAAAAUUGCAUUUUAGUUCUUAGAGAGAUAAUUUCUUAUAUCGACUCAAACAUUUGAAGUGGUCUAUAAUUUACUGAGUAUUUGGCAUAGCUCACACAUUCAUAUGUACAAAACAGUGUGCCUUAGUUUGUCAAGAAGCCAUUUGACCUAUCAAAAUAUUAAUUUUUAACAGAAAGAGACCAUUACCCAUAACCCUUCAUGUUUGUGAAGUAUGAAGCUGUUGAGAGAGUAAUGCUGACAGUGACAAAGGUUUACCAACUUUCAAUUGGAGGGGAUCUCUUUUCCUUCCCUGAUGGUAGAAAUUGAUCCCCGAUCACAUUCAUUGUUUCCAAGUGGUCCUUUUAGUGUGUAUGUCAAGCUUUUGAGUGUAAAAUUGAAAACAUAUUGUAAACUAUUUUGUUAUAGUUGAUUUAUUCAGAGUUGCCAUUGCUUCUUAUAUGACAAGGUUACAAAUUGGACUUUGAGGUUAUAAUGAUUACCAGCCAAUGAGCUUUAGCUCAAAUGGCACAUCCUUUUCCCAUAUGAGAGGAUGGAGGAUAAGACCGUGGCUUGAAAAUUUACUAGAUGUGUGUGAAAACUUACCAAUCAAAUAAAUGACCACCAGCUGCCAUUUAGACCACCUAUGGCUAACUAAGCU